AAUUCCCACGAUUUACUAAUAAAACGACAUCGAAGCUUGGAAGAAACAAAACGCGUCAAAAUAUUUGCGUUUAAUACUCUUAUAGGGAAUUUUAGUAUUGUGGAACUAACUAGAAGCAUCUAUUGUUUUUUGCAUAACAUUAUGGGGAAAAUGUCAUCGCCAAUUCGCAGGCCAGUGACCGAUGUUGCCAAAAUUCUCUACCAUGAAAAAGGAGAGAAUUACUUGCCAUCCAAAUUUACAUGCUCACGUCUUCACAGGAUAUGCGUCAGGAGAUCGCACUUAACUGCAACCGUCAUUGGUCACUUGGUGUCACAGCAAAUACGAUAAAUCUGUCGGCUGUUCCAGACUAAUCGCUGUGCCAUUUUUAUUCAGCAAAUGUCCUGGAACAAUGGCUUGCGGGUGCGAUUCCUAUGCUAAAGACGUGAUGCGUUGCCUCGUGCCUUUUUCUGCAAAAUUGUUUCAAAAUUUUCCCGUCAUCGAAGCGAAAUCCAUUGCUUCAACUCUGUGCCAUGUCACAAGUGUCCUGCUCUCCUGGUGUGCUGUUCUCCAAUCGUUGUUCGAACUCGGUAACCCCCAGUGGAUGGACGUGACAUGGAUCGUGUUAGUUUAACCCAUUUAGCAAGCCUUAGUUUAAGGAGAAUUAUGAAGACGUGCUUUGUUUUGGUAAUUUUCUUGGUAUUGUAUGCCAACGCUUGCUGUAAAGAAUCAGAUUAUGAGGGCUACAAGCACGAUGACACCUCUACAAACCUUACGUCCGAGAAUAAUAUCCUGCCGGGCUUCAUGCGUGCCCAGGAAUUCACCAUGGGCACCCUCCUGGGGCUACUGGUGGCCUCGAUAGUAGUGGUCAUCGGAUCCUUCUUGGUCCUUUGGAGGCUUUGCUGCGACGUCGAAAUGAGAGUCACUCGAGAGGCCAUCCAACCUCUUAAGAGCAUCUCGCAAAUGGUGUCCGGCGAGAAGUCUCCAAGGAUCCAGACCAGGUCCGUGUCUGGUCAAUCCUUGCUGGACAAUUCCUCUGCCAGCAGUGGAGUGGAGAUAGCAUGACGGAUAAGUGGACGCUGCCAUGGGUGAAAGUCUCAUUAUGGUUUUUGGAAUGGAAUGAAGCUGAAUUUUAGUUUCGGUAUCGUAUUUGGAAAGAAUGCAUCAAAGUUGGUAAAAACAGGUAGUUAUGGUGUAACAGUUACAUGUGGCUGAAGAUUGAUUGCAAGAAUGGUUAGAAAAGUAUUGUUUUUGCGAUUAACAAGGCAAGUCGGUGUUUUCUAUAGUCAUGUAAUUGUGUUUCGUAAAAAUGCAUUAUUAGAAAGUAUUCCUCUAUUGAUGGAAGUGUAAUUUAUUGUUAGAUAGACAUGGUUGUUAGAGGUUAUGAUUAUGGUUAUUACAAGCAAUAAUCAUAACUUUUUGGGGGAUUUGUUUUUGAAAUCUUUGUAUAUAUUAUGAGUUCAAGAACUAAAACUGCAUUUGUAUCAUACCAAUGAAUAAAGGACAUAGGAUAAUCUCAUUCUAAGUCCAAUUUGUGAUUAAUUUUCUUUCUUAUUAAUACUUUACAAGAUCUACUUGUAUUUUAGACAUAGAGGAUUGCUUCAUUAUACCUUUCUGUCCAGAGAGAUAUAAUAUAAAUUAAGUAAUUAUAUACAGUGUCUAGUUUUUCUUGUAUGCAUUAUAACUCUUUGCAAAAUGUGAUAAUUUCAGUUACUAGGAAUAGUGCCAAUGUUGAUUUAUGUAUAUUAAUAAUAGAAGCUUAAUUAGCUUUAUAUCUUCUUGACAUGGUUUCCUCUUUUGAUUUUGUAUUGUUUGUAAGUUUUCUUUUUUUUUUUUAUAUCCUAUAAGUGAGUGGUCGAUAUUUUGCCUGGAUUUUGAAGCUUCCUGCAUGAAAGACUGUAAAGAAUAUUUGUAACUGUUAUACAUGCGCUAUUCAGUGUAACCAGAACAGAAACAUCCCAAUUUUUCAUCAUCUGAUUCCUUUUCUGUAUUACAAACUUUUGGUUAUUCCCUUUUGUUACUUUGUAUUGCUUAAUCUCGCUUAUGAGUGAUUCACUUUGGGUACUGACGCUUCCUGCAUUAAAGACUAAGAAAUAUUUGUAGCAACAAUAUAUUUAUUGUUAUUUAGUAUAGCCAGAGAGUAGACAACCCACCAAUUUGCUUUCUAACUUAAUUCCAAUAAUUUCUGUAAAUUCAAACUUUUGAAAUUUUGUAAUUCAUGUAAACUUUCUUUUUUUUAUCUGGUGUAUGAGUGGUCAGUUUUCUGCCUGGAUAUUGAAAUAUAAGAAAUUAAAAUCUGUAAAGAACAUUUGAAGUAUCAAUAUAUAGGGUGUUCAUUAAUUAUUGUCGGGGUUUCCGUACCUCAUAACUUUCGAAUAAAAAAUAUUACGCAAAAACCGAUUACGUAUUCGUAAAUUACAACUCAAAGAAUUUUAUUAAUGAUAUUAAAGUGUAAAGCUUGCGCAAUUUGCACUUUGUAGGCAUUCAGCUAAAGGCGAUUAUGUAUUCGUAAAUUCUCUGAACAAAUUUUGACUCGAAUUGAGGAUGAUGAAAAUUACCUUCGGAAAUGGUUCUUCAGUGACGAAUCCACUUUUCAUGUGUCAGAAAAAGUGAAUAAACUUAACUGUAGAAUAUGGGGCUCGGAGAACCCGCACGAUUAUCAAAAGUCAAAAUUUGUUCAGCGAAUUUACGAAUACAUAAUCGCCUUCAGCUGAAUGCCUACAAAGUGCAAAUUGCGCAAGCUUUACACUUUAAUAUCAUUAAUAAAAUUCUUUGAGUUGUAAUUUACGAAUACGUAAUCGGUUUUUGCGUAAUAUUUUUUAUUCGAAAGUUAUGAGGUACGGAAACCCCGACAACAAUUAAUGAACACCCUAACUUUUAAUUAUUCAACCCUGCUAGAAAAUAGAUAGUUCGACUGUUUAUUUUCUGACUUAACUCUGCUAACUAUAUUAUAAUUAAUUUUAAUAACUAUAUGAAGGAAAAAAAAGAAAAAGAUCAUUAUUUAAGAUGUUGUUACAGGUCCAUAAGAUGAAUAAAGAUGUUUCUUUUAUAUUAUAUUCAUAAAAUAUCUUAUAAGAUUAUUUAAAAUAUUAAUUUCUACUUUUGAUAAUCUUGAUUUCAUAGAAAGGACAUGUCAAAUAUGAAUUGGAUCUAUGUCAUUUUUAAGUACACUGUUCUAACGUUAAAAUAUAUAUUUAUGAUUUCCAUUGAUGAAUAUUCAUAUGAUU